GCCCCUGCCUCCUCCAUUUUGAUGUUUGGAAUCAGGGAUUCAGGAUCCUUGCCAAGGCGGAGUCUCCCCAGAUAGAUGCACUAAGGCUUUAGAACGUGCUUUUUAUUUGAUUGGGAGCUCAGCAUAAAUGCAAGAGGGGCUGCUGAUCUGACAGACCACAGAGCUGACCCAUGGCUGAACCCCAACAGGACAUGAGGGAGAAGCCUGCAGGGGAAUAUACACAAGAAGGCGCCAAUCAACAGUUGCCAACUGACCCAGGUGAUAAUGCCAAACCUGAUGACACCUGCCUAGAGCUGGUGCUUAAAGUCAGAAUUCAGAGCCACAAGGAAAAUGACUUCAUUGAAGUUGAACUGGAUAGACAAGAGCUGAGUUACCAAAAUCUACUAAAAGUGAGCUGCUGUGAACUGGGGAUUAACCCAGAGCAAGUGGAAAAAAUCAGAAAGCUACCAAACACACUACUCAGAAAGGACAAAGACAUUCUAAGACUACGGGACUUUCAAGAAGUAGAACUCAUUUUAAUGAAAAAUGGAAGCUCUGAACUGAUAGAACACAUACCGUCUCUGUUAGAGAAGCCCUGCUACAACAGCAAUGCUGCAAAAAUGACAUAUUAAGAAAUCCCAGAGACAAAAAAACUGGAAUCAGUAUUUUGUAAAUAAUGAAGCCUGGAUCGUACGUACCAGCUUGCUAGCUUCACGUGUGUACUUAUUACAUUUCCUUGUUUGCAACUUCUCUGGGCUGGGAGAAGAGUACGUUCAAAAUGCUUUGACAGGGCUUCCCUGGUGGCGCAGUGGUUGAGAAUCUGCCUGCCAAUGCAGGGGACACGGGUUCGAGCCCUGGUCUGGGAAGAUCCCACGUGCCGCGGAGCAACUGGGCCCGUGAGCCACAACUACUGAGCCUGCGAGUCUGGAGCCUGUGCUCCGCAACAAGAGAGGCCGCGAUGGUGAGAGGCCCGCGCACCGCGAUGAAGAAUGGCCCCCGCUCACAGCAACUGGAGAAAGCCCUCGCACAGAAACGAAGACCCAACAGA